UUUAAAAAACACAUUUUGGAUAGUGGAUCCAUUAAAUGUUUAUUUCUUUUAGUUUGCGAAUAAAAUGCAAAUUAUACUUAAGUGAUGGUGGGGUGGAUUUUGGUAUAUACAGAUACAUCACAGGGUUAGCUGCAGCACCUGUUAGUGCUUACUGUUAGACAGGAACAGUGUAGAGGGUACGGGCACUGGAAAAUAUCAUCCCACUGUAAUUUAGAUAUGGCCAGUUUUGGUGUAAUCUAAAAUCUUGUAUACAACAGCUCACCUGAAGUUGAAGCCUGUCUCUACUAUUUAUGUUUGUUAUAAAUCUAAGGAAGAUUAGAUUUCUACAGCCUGUUUCCUUCCUCCUUCUCCAUAGUUUACAUUGUUUAGUUGGAACAAUACUGCGAUUAUUUUCUCAUGGAAAUGCACAGAAUGGAUCUAGAGUAGACCCCUUGUUUAGGGGGUCAUGGGUGCCAAAACCUCUCUCGCUGCGAGCAGGGUUCGAACCUGCGCGGGGAGACCCCAUUGGAUUUCAAGUCCAACGCCUUAACCACUCGGCCAUCACAGCUGAUGAAAAGGUUGCUGCCAUUUGAAGAGUGUGUUUGAUCCAACUACAGUAUAACACUAAUGUGUCAGCUAAUCUUUAAAUCAGGUUUCAUACAUUUAAUCAUUUAAAUCAUGUAAAUCUAAGGCCAACUGGAUUUCUACAGCCUGUUUCCUUCCUUCUCCUCAGUAUUUACCUUGUUUAUUUGGAAAAGUACUGCCGUAUUUUCUCAGUACCACUCAAUCUCUUUCCUUAGAGUGUCCGCUACUGAGAAUUUCAGGCCUAAAUGUAGGGUAGUUCACAGGUUUGUGCUGGACCUCAACCAGUUUUACUUGUGAGAUCCAGCUCUUUAGAAAUGUACAUGUGAAUAAUGGUUCCAGAGUUGACUCCUUAUUGGGGGAAAUGGAGUACAAAUGUUACUCAUUGGCUACGUUUACAUGCACAUCAAAUUCCGUUUAAGGUCUAUAUUCGGGUUGCAGCCAUAUUCUGUAUACAACGUUUAUAUGCGUACAGGCAUCAGAAUAUUCCCGUAUACGUGGUUGUUGUAAAUAUGCCAUUGCUAAAUACUUAGCCUGCAGCUAAGCAUCUGUUAGCACCCACAGUUUCUUGCGGACUGAGCAUGCGCAUAUAUCUCCUUUCAGUGGAUUUUCUGAAUAAGAUGUUCACAGGCAACAAAUAUCCAAUUAAAGAGGCAUAUUCCAGGGGUGGGAAUCAGAAUUUAGGGUAUCAGAAUAUUUUCUUAAGCUGAAUUGGGCAAUCGGAUUGUGCAUGACUCAAUACUAAUUAGAAUAUUGCAAAUUCUGAUUAAUAUUGAAAUGUUGAUGGGCAUGUACACGUAGCCAUUGAUUGUAACAAUGCUGUAACUCAGUUUUUUUUGGCUAUUGGUGCAAGUUCUUAUCUGUACAGUGUUAAAAUUGCUUCUUUCGCUGUGAGCAGGGUUCGAACCUGCGCGGGGAAACCCCAUUGGAUUUCAAGUCCAACGCCUUAACCACUCGGCCAUCACAGCUGCCCUAUGCCAGCUUCGGUAUUGGUUCAGUACCACUCAGUCUCUUACCUUACAAUGUCUGCUGCUACACUAGAAGAAUUUUAGUUCUAAACAUAGGGUAGUUCAUGGCUUUGUGUUGGACCUCAACCAGUUUUAAUGGUGAGAUCCAGCUCUUUAGAGAUGGAAGUGUUCACAGUAAGGAUCUAGAGUAGACCCCUUGUUGGGGGAAUUGGGUGCCAAAAGCACACUCGCUGCGAGCAGGGUUCGAACCUGCGCGGGGAGACCCCAUUGGAUUUCAAGUCCAACGCCUUAACCACUCGGCCAUCACAGCUGGCUAAAUGUGUGCUACCAGUUCACACGUGUGUUUGAUCCAUCCGUAUAAAGCUGAAAACAGCUACUCUUUAAAUCAAUCAUCUAAAUCAGAUGGGCUUUCUACAGCCUGUUUCCUUCCUUCUCAGAAUUUGGAUCAUUUAUUUGGGAAAGUACUGCAGUAUUUUCUCAGUACCACUCAGUCUCUUUCCGUACAGUGUCUGCUGCUAAGCAGUUCAGGCCUGAAUGUAGGGUAAUUCAUGGGUUUGUAUAGGACUUCAGUCAAUCUUGCUCAAAUGGACUUGAGCAGAAUGGUUCUAGAGUAGAUCCUUGUUGGGGGAAAUGGAGUACAAGUGUUACUCACUGGGUAUGGGUGCAAUUGCUUAUUUAUACGUUUUAAAACCUCGCUGCGAGCAGGGUUCGAACCUGCGCGGGGAAACCCCAUUGGAUUUCAAGUCCAACGCCUUAACCACUCGGCCAUCGCAGCUACUGAUAUGUUUCCUUCCAUAUGAUUAUAUUGGCAAUACUCAGCUCCUUAGAUGCAGAAAAGAGCAGAACAGUUCCAGAGUAGACCCCUUGAUGGUGGAAAUGGACUACAGGCAUUACUCCUUGACCAUUAUGAGACAUCAAUAUAGUGUUAAAAUUACUCUUCACGCUGCGAGCAGGGUUCGAACCUGCGCGGGGAAACCCCAUUGGAUUUCGAGUCCAACGCCUUAACCACUCGGCCAUCACAGCUGGACAUUGGGAUGGAAUUGGAAUGAAAGUACCAUCAGCUAAUCUUCAAAUUUAAAAAAAAAAUACAUUUCAUUAUCUAAGGUGACCUGGAACAGUAUCCACAACCCUUGUUGCUUUCCUCAUUGUUGUCUCCUGCUGCAUUUCAAGCCUAAAUUUAGGGCAGCUCAGAGGUUUCACAUGGAUCCUCUUACUGUUUCUAUGGCUUGGAAACACUAGACAUGGGACAGCAUGGUCCCACUGAGGAGGCUAUCGAUCUGUCUGUCAUUUAAAACCGAUUGAUUGAGAAAUUGUUGCAGAGAAAUGCUCCUGACAGCUAAUGGCUGUCAGUGGUUAAGGUUGGAGUUCUGGCUGUAGUAAUCACAGGUUUAUACUAAUGAGCUCCUUCUAAUAAGUUGAUGUUUCUAUAGUAACGACUAAUUCACAGGUACCUGUAUGGCAGACACUUGACAUAAAUAUGGAGUAAAAAUGUUGGUAAUAAAUGAUAUGGUAAUCAGAUGUGAUGGGGACCCUUGAAGUUUUAAGAAAGAAAAGUGUCUUCAUAUGUAAACUGGUGGGCAGUGAUCAGGUGUUCAUAUGGAAGUCGCUUGAAUCAUUAAAAAUGAAAAAUGAAUGUGAAAAAAAUGUUAUUUGACACAAUUGUUCAUCUUUACAAUCGUGUGGUAAAAAAUAUUAAUUUCAUCACCCCUCUUUCUGUCACACUCAUUAGAGAAUCUCCCUCCCUCUCUCUCUUUCUCUCUCUCUCUCACACACACACACACACUGUCCCUUUCUCUUGCUCAGAUUUGUCCCUCCCCAAAAGCAUAGAGCUACAGGAAGGUAAUGCGACCGCUGGUGAGCAACUGAAAUGGAGAAAAUGGAAAAAGGAAGGAAAGAAAAUAGACAGCUGCAAAACAUGCAGAUUGAAGGUCAGAAGCACAUGGGCGGAGUUUUGCUCUCUGAUGCUGAUGAGCGGGAGAUAGGAGGUGGGGACAAGCUCACCAAACUCCGCCCUUCAUGUCAUUCCUUUAUGAAGUGCUGCCUGGUAAAGUGGAUCAUCAACAGCACAGCAGCACAGAUCACAGAGAGUGCAGAUGCUGAGUUGGAGCUGGCUAUGGUGAGACACCAACCUGAAGGUCUGGAGAAACUUCAAGCUCAAACAAAAUUCACCAGGAAGGAGCUUCAGUCGCUCUACAGAGGCUUCAAAAAUGAGUGCCCCAGUGGAUUAGUUGAUGAGGAAACCUUUAAGGUUAUUUAUUCCCAAUUCUUCCCUCAAGGAGAUGCAGCCACAUAUGCACAUUUUCUGUUCAACGCCUUUGAUAUGGACCGAAAUGGUUCUAUACAGUUUGAGGACUUUGUGAUCGGACUGUCUGUACUGCUGCGAGGUUCAGUAACAGAGAAGCUUCACUGGGCGUUUAACUUGUACGACAUCAAUAAAGAUGGAUACAUCACCAAACAGGAAAUGUUGGCCAUCAUAAAGUCCAUCUAUGACAUGAUGGGCCGAUACACAUAUCCCAGUGUGAAGGCAGAUGCACCAUUUGAACAUGUGGAGAAAUUUUUCCAGAAAAUGGACAGGAACAGAGACGGAGUCGUCACCAUCGACGAGUUCAUCGAGACGUGUCAGAAGGACGAGAACAUUAUGGCUUCCAUGCAGCUGUUUGAGAACGUUAUCUAAACCAGUGGAGGGCAAAGCAUGCAACAAUUAUUCCAUACCAGUGUAGAAAAUUAAUCUGCUGCAAGAUUCUUAAUUGGUGUAAAUGAGAGAAAGUGAUAUUUCCACAUUGUUCUGGUAAAAUCCUGAAGCCUCAGAGUGGUUUCACUGAAGACAACUUUAAACAGCAUUCUAGCAGUUUCCCUGACUGAAAACUGAAGCCUCAAACAGCUGCUGGAGUGGCAGUGUGUGCUUGCUUUAGUAAAAACAGUGAGAGACAGUUAUGAGUAAUAUUAGCUGCAUAAAAAAACAGCUAUGGCGACAAGAAAGUUUUCAUUCAUUCAUCCUUAGUAACUGCUUCAUCUUGGUCAGUGUCACAGAAACAGAACCAAUUAAGCUUAUUAGAAAAUAUUGCUAGCAGGUACAAACAAAAAUAAUAACUCUAGGAACAUGCAGGAUUUAUCAGAAUUCCUUCAAGUCCUGGGGGGAUUAUUCAGAAUCCCUUCAGGUGCAGGCAGGGAAAUGGGUAGGAUUAUACAGAAUUCCUUUAGGAGUGAGCAGGAUUGGUCAGAAUUUCCACAGGAGCAAGGGGGAAUAGUCUGAAUUUCUUCAAGUGUGGAUGGGACUAGUCAGAACUCCUGACUAGUGGGAUUGGUCAGAAUUCUUUUGGGAGGUGAAAGGAUUAGUCAGAAUUCCUUCAGGAGCAGGUGGGAUUGGUCAGAAUUCCUUUCAAGAGUGGGUGGGAUUGGUCAGAAUUCCUUUCAAGAGUGGGUGGGAUUGGUCAGAAUUCCUUUAAGAGUGGGUGGGAUUGGUCAGAAUUCCUUUUGAGAGUGGGUAGAAAUGAUCAGAAUUCCUUAAGGAGCAGGUGGGAAUGGGUAAUAAAAAUGAUCCAGGGCAUAACUCUAGUAUAAUCUGAUGAGUAUAAAUGAAACAAUAGAGUGGAUGAAAUUUAGGUUCGACGGUUUCUGCACAAGCCACGCCCACAAGAGCAGAACUGGAGAGACAUUAGUGAAUGUUGUCCUCUUUGAGAAUGGGAAGCUGUGAGUACAUGGCAUGAUGAACUGGAAACUGCAAUAACGUGUAAUAUGAUUAUUAUACUGUGAAUUCAUCAGACUGUUCCAGACCUGUUGUUAAUAUUUAUCUGAUAAAGAAAAUCAUUUGAAUCCAUAGAGAUGACCAUUUGUUAGAAGUUUGUAUAUAUUGUUAGCACUGUGAUGAUCUUAUUGUAUGACAUUGGACCAAUAAAUAAGCAUUUGCAUGAUUGAUUCUAAUGACUUUGAGCUUGUGACACUAAACACAAUAUACAUACAUAACAUGCACA